AUUCAAAUAAAUUUUUUAUUUAAUCGUUCGUACUUAACAUUUUGUUUUAAUCAAACCAUCACAUCUUCUUCUAUAAAAAGAUCUCUAUAAAAAGAUGCUACCCCCACCCAUUUGAGGCCACCCUUUACAACUUUUGUCUUACCCCCCACCAACGGCCUAAAUGAGCACUUUCAGAGUGUGGUUUGAUUUUUAGAUAGACAAGCACUUUGAUCCGGGUAGAAACUAUGGAUCCCCAUAUCUUCAUAGCACGGGCGGAGGCGCAACGGUGGCUCGGUAUCGCCGAGAAACUGCUUAUGAGCCACGACCUAGUCGGCUCCAAGACAUUUGCGAUCCGAGCACGAGAGUCUGACCCCAGACUUGAAGCUGCUGAUCAGAUCCUAGCAGUUGUUGAUACGCUCAUCGCUGCCGAGAAACAGGUCGUCGGAAAUAAUGGCGUGCAGCAGCCGGAUUUUUACGGGAUCCUUCAACUGGUCCGGUUUGUUCAGGACACGGACCACAUCGCCUCCCAGUACCAACGGCUCGCCUUCAUCCUCAACCCUCAUCAAAAUCGGUUCCCUUUCUCCGAUCAAGCGUUUCAGAUUGUUAACGAAGCUUGGUCCGUGUUGUCGAACCCUAUGAGGAAAUCUAUGUAUGAUUCGGAGCUUGAUUUUCCGCCGCAACUGCAGAUGAACACUAUAGGGUUUAACCUCGAGGAACAGCAGCAGCAGCAGCAAGAACAACACAAUUUUUUUUCGAUUGACUAUAUGGGGUCGGAUCAUCAGCAGAAAUCGCCGGAGCAAGAGCAGACGUUUCAAACUAGGGUACAACGCACUCAUCAACAGCAGGAAUCGCAGCAGCAUAAUUUUCUGUCACGAAAUCAAUCUGCACCUGUUCACGAGGAGGAUGAGCAAUUGUUUCAGCAUCAUGAGCAGGAGCAAUUGUUUCAGCCACAGGUUGAACCUUUAGAAGUCAUGUCUACACCGUAUCAACAAAAUCCACCACAAUCUCCUCAGCCGCAGCCAUCUAUGCAAUCCAUAACUCCGCCUCCUGCAGCACCACCACAACCUCCGUUAUCUUGGCCACAAGCACCAUCUCUGUCACAGCCACAGCAGCCACACCAGAAACAGCAACCUCCAUUGCAGCCCCAACAACAAGAAGCAUGGGUAGAACAAAAUGCUGGUCCUGUUCACUCUCCUAAUCAGGUUAAUAGUGACAAUGGUGUAAAGAAGAAGGAAACAGAAACAGAAGCUGUGAAUAUGGAUGAGUCGCCUACAUUUUGGACUGCAUGUCCUUACUGUUUCUACAUGUAUGAGUAUCAAAGGAUCUAUGCAGAGUGCACCAUCCGUUGUGACAACUGUAAAAGGGCAUUUCAGGCUGUAGGUAUUUCCUCCCCACCAUUAAUGGCAGAAGGCCAGGAAGACUAUUUCUAUUGUUGGGGAUACUACCCUUUAGGGGUUUCAAUCUCACAUCUGCCAAAAACAGCUAGAACGAACUCAAAGUGGACACCUUUUUCACCUCUCCAUGACGCCUCAAGUAAUGUUCAGAACCAUUUUAAUAGUAGGGAAGCCCCAAAGAAGAAUACUUUUGUGAAGAAGGAUUUGGGGCCACGAAUCUACAUAGAUGAUAUUACUGAUGAUAUCUUUACAGGAAUCUCUGAACCUAGUGAUGAUUCUGAUGUUGAAUGGAAUAUGACCAGGGACAAAAGUUGAAUAUGAUGUUGUAUUUGAAAAAAAAAGUUGUGCAAUGGAGAAGUCCUCUUAUUUUGUCUACAAGAAUGGGCCAGAAAGAUCAUAUUUUGACCAUCUUUUGCUGCAUGUGCAUCUGCUCAGAAAAAAAGGUAUGCAUCAGUAGUUUGUGCCUUAUUCUUCUAUUAUUAUGAUUUAGCAUCGGGCUUUUGUUUGUUAUGAUCAUUUAUGUGAUAACCUUUGCUAGAUUCAGGUGAAAUACUAUGAAGCUUUCAAUUCUAUAACUCACAUUUCAAUGUUUGAUAAUCAAAAUACUACAUGUGCAAGGUUUCUUUCAAGAAUCAUCACACUAGCUUCUCUAAUGUACCACUCAGUAAAAGGUUUGAGCAUCACUUCAGGAAAUUUUGGGAAAUCAGAAUUCAACUCAACCAUGUUGAAGUAACCCCGUACUACUUUUAGGACACUACUUCCACCAUUAUCAUCAUAUCCAUCUGUAGUUGUAACUUGUAAGCUGUUCAACUCCUUUUUCCUGCUCUAAUAUCUGAAUGAUUGAAGAUUUCUCGAUCAAUGCUUGCAAGAAUUUUAGAACCCCAUACACAUUCCAUGCCUGAGUGCAUUAUAAUUAUGAUAGUCAUAUCUAGCAUGAAUGAUAAUAAAUAGAGCAAAUUGCAAUUAUAUGAAAGCAUAAGAAAGAUUACAACUUGUUGAUAUGGACUUGCUUACACUCGGUCAAUCUCAAAGUAAUGGAAUAGUAGAAUGAACACAAAAGGCAGCUUAAAGAUUAAUCAUUUCAAUCCUUUGGAUACUCAACUUUUAUGCCAACUCAGCAGACCAUACCAAAAAGUGUGUUUCCUGCUACACACCUAAAAAUGGGAGGAGCACAACCGUAAGGGUUUUUACCAAUCACACACGACAAACCAAGUUAUUCAUAGGGGCAAUCUGGUCCAAUCAGCAAAAAGAGAGAUGGGCUCGGAAAUAAUUACUUUGUUGGGUCUUUCUUGGGCCUUCCAAACUUCCUCUUGUAGACAUGAAUAACGGGGGGUUUAUCAUUACCGGCGACCCAAACUUUCACCUUUUCCUCAAGGUGAAAAGUCGGGAAUUGCAAUUUCAUUCUUUCCAUCAGCUUCUGUUAGUCCUUGCCAACGCAUCGAUACUUCUUUUUCACCGAAGUUGCUCCCAUUCUUUGGUCUUACUCCUUGUAGAGCCGUUCGUUGGACAAGUAAUUCAAGGUCUAUAUUUAGUUGAGGAGGAAGAUACGUGGGUUUACUGGGACCUAUAUGCGGUUUGCAAUUGUGACACGUGAAAUGUAGGGUGGAUGAGAGUUGUCGGGGGUAAUUCAAGGGUGUAAGCUACCUUUCCAACCCUCUUGCUAAUCCUAUAGGGGCCGUAGUAACGGGCGGCUAAUUUCUCAUAUUUUCUUCGUCCCAAGCUUUGUUGUCGAUACGGUUUCAAUUUCACCUAAACAAAGUCCCUUUCUUGAUACUCUACUUCCCUUGUCUUCUUUUAAGCUUGGUUUUGCAUUUUUUGUUGGGUCCACAACAAAUGCACAACUCAAUCCAAAAUAGCAUCCAUGUCUUAUAGCAAUUGAUCAAUUGCGUCCACCGAGGAUAUUGCCCUUCGUAAAGGAUGAUGGGGGUGAAUCCUACCGUAAAAGGCUCAAAGCGGGGUGCAUUUGGUGGCCGUAUGUAAGGAUGAAUUAUACCAAAAUUCUGCCCAAAAAAGUCAGCGAGCCCAUUUUUUGGUUUCUUCAUAAAAAAUACGUCGGUUCACCACUUCUAACCAUCUGUUUGUGUGUGAUAGGUCGUGCUUCUUUUGAGAUGCACUCUAUGUGAUUUAAACAGCUCCACUUAAAAGUGACAAAAAAUUACGAUCUCAAUCAUUGAUUAUAUAUAGAGGAAAACCGUAGAGGCGGGCGAUUUCCUUGAUGAAGCUGUUGGCAACUCCAGACUAAAAUGAGUAUACUUACCAAGUUGGUCAACCACAACCCAAAUGGUAUCCUAUCCAUCGAACUUGAGUAACCCCUUGAUAAAGUCCAUGGUUAUUUUGUCUAGGGGUGUUGAUCGGGUAAUUUUUUCGGGUUUCGGGUAAUUUGGGUCGGGUAAUUCAGGUUUUUCAUGUUAAAAAAUACUCGUAACCUGACCCAAAUUAAAUUCGGGUAUUAUCCGAAAUAUAUAAUGUUUUUUUUUGAAUUUCACCUGAAAAUAAAUUUAAUGAAAUAAAUAUGUCGUGCUUUACUAGUCUUGUUUAUAUAAAUAAACGAGCCAUAAAUGAAGUUACUCAAGCUUUGAAUAUUGAGAUUUUUUAGUCAAUAUUACCUGAGAUAUCAAGUAAUUUUUUAACAACUUAAUCUAAUCUAAUAAAAUGUUAAAAAACAAAUACUUAAAGAUUUUAAUUUAAAAGUUUAAAAUGUUUAAAAUAAUUGUAGCCAUAAUUUUUGCCAUGUUCUGAAGUUUCGUCAAGAUAAUGAGUUUGUUAGUUGCAAUAAAAAACUAUAAUCUAGAAAAUUGUUAAGUUUUAAAGAACAUGAUUAUAUGUAAACAAUUACUUUUAAUAUUGCUAGUGUCAUAUUGUCAUAAUAAAAGAGAUUCAUGUUUUACAAUAAUGAUAGUUAGUUUAAGCGUGAUUAAAUACCUGCUACAGAGUACAAGCUCUAUGAAAAAAAAGAAAUUUUAAAAUAAUUCGGGUAUACCCGAAACCCAACAAACGUACCCUUUACCUGACUUGAAAAAAUCGGGUUACUCGAUUAUCCGAAAAAAUCAAGCGGGUAAUUCGAGUAUCGAGUAUUUUCGACAGGGCUAAUUUUGUCCAAUGUUUGGGCCGAAAGAGGUAUUGCUUAAAGUAACCCGAUUGGAGUCGAUGCGAGGGUUUUGUUUCUCUGACACGUUUCUGAUAUAUUCGAUGAUGUCGACUUGCAUUCUUGGCCAAGAAACCCAUACCGCUGUUAUUUGGUAAGUCUUUUUCUUGCCCGUAUGAUCAGAGAAUUGUGGAUUAUUUGGAUAAAACCGAAUUUUCCAAUUUGAUAAUUUGGAUUAGACUCUUUGGUUCGGAUAUUCAGAUUUUUUGAUUGAGUUUCAACAAAACCGAAUUAUUAUUUUGGAUUUCAGAUUGAUUUUGGUUUAUAAAAUAAGAACCGAAUACUCCAAAAAAACCAAAUAAAAAUUUGUUAUUUAUUUAUUUUGAAUAUAUAUCUAUAAUUAUUUAUUAUUUUUUUUACUUUUUUUUCAAGAAAUUUCACUUAAUAAAAAAUCUUAAUAUGUAUUUUCUAAAAAUAGUUUUUAUUUAUAAAAUAUUAAGCUUUAAUAUAUUUUUAGUAGUUGUUCGUAACUUUAAACCACAAAUAAGAUAUUUGUUUUUUUUUUCUUUUAUAAAGUUGGGUAGUAUUCUAAUUAUAUGUGCUUUUAAAAAAAUUAUUCCAAAUUUUGAAAACCGAAUUAUAAAAAUCGAUCCAAUCGAAUUGUAAUUCGAUUGGAUCAGAUUGAAUUUGAAUUUAGUUUGGACUAUUUGGAUCUAUGUUUUAAAAACCGAAAUUAAUUUGGAUUCACUUGAUUGAAUCGGAUUGAACCGAUCCAUGCAAACGAACACCCCUAGUAGCUCCGGAUCAAUAUUAAAUUUCAAAAGUAAACCCUAUUAGCUUCAACACACCCAUUUUUGAUAAUUGUGACCUAUAACACGUGUACUUGAGACUAAGUUGAUCCGUUCGAACGAUGAAUCUUCUUCCCAUUAUGUAAUGCCUCCACUUCAAUACGGCUUUAACAAUGGCUAUAAACUCUUUUUCAUAAAUAGGUUUUGAUCGGCCUAUGGUUCCCAAAGUGCAACUAUAAUAAGCUAUUGACCUAUUAUAUUGGAUUAGAACCGCCCCAAGUUCGUACCUCGACGUGUCGGUUUCAACCACGAAGGGUUUCUCCGUCUCCGACAUUGCUAAAAACAACAUGAUUGUCAUGUUGUCUUCGGUUGCUGAAGACUUUUUCGACAACCUUGUUCCAUCCAAAUUUGUAUUUUUUUAAGUUGCUCCGUGAGAGGUGUGGCUAUGCUAGCAUAACAUCUGAUGGUACCCCGUUAGUCCCAAAAAAACCUCAUAAGCUCUUGAUGUUUCGUGGUACGGGCCAAUCUAACACGGCUUGAAUCUUGAUGGUCUCCGUCGAGACCCCAUUAUUUGAAAUCUCAUGACGAAGGUAUGAUAGACAUGAUUGUCCAAAUUCACACUUCUUUAAUUUGAGAUAGGGUUGAUUUUAUGGUAACCAUUCUUACGCCAUUGUGAGAUGUCUUUGAUGCAUUUCUUUACUAGCAUCAUAGACCAAUAUGUCAUCAAAGAAAACAAGGACGAGCUCCCGCAAAUAUGGCCGAAAUAUUUCAUUGAAUAAGGCUUGGAAAGUAGCAGGGGCGUUGGUAGGGCCAAAGGGAAUCACCUUGAACUCGUAAUAUCAAAAAGUCGUAUUGGGUAUGUCUUCCGCCUUAACCCAUAUUUGAUGUAAUUCUCUCUCCAAGUUUUUUUAAGGAUACCAGGGACUUGCCCAAAGUCGGGUCUCCUUUCAAAACGAGUCUCCUUUCAAUUUGACUCGCCUUCCUCCAAUGUCGAACUCCAUUGUCUGAUCCUUCCAAUUGGUUUGAGUGGUACCUAAGGUCCCGUUCGUCCCUGAUUAUGUUGGAUCUUCCGAAUCGGAGGGGUAAGAACUCUUCGAUAAUGUCGAUUUGUUUUAUUUACAAUAACACCCCCUUACAUACUCCCCUCCUUGCUUUAUUGUCCCCAUUACCCAUUCGAACCCCAUACCAAACUUCUAGCAAUAAAAUUAUGGGUGGCCUCGAGAUCAAUCAUGGCCACCACUAGUUGAUUCACGAUGUUUUCUUGCAGUUUCAUCGUUUGUAGGGACGGGAGCCCUGCUACAGAGUUUAGAGAUACCUCAAUUGGGUGGUCAAUUUCUAAAGUUUCCAAUUGAUGACCUGGUUGCCAUUUUCAUAACAUUUGAAGCAAAGACCUCGAGUUUUCUUUUCUGCUAUUUGUGCUUCAGUCAAUCAACGAUCAACGCUCGUCUUUCGCUGGAAGGCGAGAUUCGAUUUCAUUGGAAAUGGCAUAACAUCAGAAGUAGGCAACGAAUUACCCCCAUGAUGAUUUUGAAUUGGUGCUCCAGUUCGGAACCCUAGCCAAUAUCUAUUUGUACGUAUUUAUAGAUUUGAGACAUGCAUAACUAUUAAAUGUCGGUUUGACACUAAAUAUCAUGUUGUUUUUUCAGACUAAUCUAAUAUUUUGUUACGAUA